CUCUCUUCCCUUUCCCUUCGAUCUUCAUCUUUUUCUUUUCAAUCUCCAUUUUCGUCAAUCCCUCUUCUCCAUUUUUCUUCUCAAUUUCCUUUUCUAUUCUUCCAUUUUUCCUGUUUUUCACCAUUUUUUUUCUCUUUCAUUACACCUACUUUACUCCCACUCUCACUAGGGUUCCUUUGAAUUUCCCUUCCUUUUACUUGGAUUCCAUGCUAUAAUCUGCUUUUAUAGAUGCAAUAAACUGUCCAGAUCGUCGCAACUUACACUUCCGGCGAAAUGGCCAGCGCCUUGCAGAUGACUCCUCAGUUAGAGCAGAUCCAUGGUGAAAUUCGUGAUAAUUUUCGGGCUCUUUCAAAUGGGUUCCAAAGACUGGAUAAGAUCAAAGAUUCCAGUAGACAAAGUAAGCAGCUGGAGGAGCUCACAGGAAAGAUGAGAGAAUGUAAAAGAUUAAUAAAAGAUUUUGACCGUGAAAUCAAGGAUGAAGAGAGUAAAAAUCCACCAGAUGUGAAUAAGCAGCUUAACGAUGAGAAGCAAUCAAUGAUCAAAGAACUGAAUUCAUUUGUUGCAUUGAGGAAAACGUACAUGAAUAGUCUCGGUAAUAAAAGGGUUGAGCUAUUUGAUGAGGGAGGUGUAAGUGAACCUACAGCGGAUGAUAAUGUUCGGAUGGCCUCAUCAAUGACAAAUCAAGAACUUAUUGAUGCUGGUAAGAAGACAAUGGAUGAGACCGAUCAGGCCAUUCAACGCACUCAAAAGGUGGUUGAACAAACUAUUGAAGUGGGAACUCAAACUGCUGCUCAAUUAAAAGGCCAAACUGACCAAAUGGGCCGUAUAGUAAACGAGCUUGACACAAUCAAUUUUUCAAUUAAGAAGGCUUCCCAACUUGUGAAAGAAAUUGGCAGACAGGUUGCUACAGAUAAAUGCAUCAUGCUGUUUCUAUUUCUAAUUGUGUGUGGAGUGAUAGCCAUUAUCGUAGUCAAGAUUGUGAACCCCAACAACAAAAACAUCAGGGAUAUUCCAGGAUUGGCACCUCCAGUUCCUGCAAGGAGGCUUUUGUAUCUGAGGACAACCGAUUAUUUCGAGUAAAUUCUUGUGUGUAGGAAAGUGUAGGUCUUCAUGGUUAUCUAUUCCCAGGUACAUUCUUGCUUAAAGAAGGCAUCGAGACACGACAUUGUGAGAAUUCAUUUGCUUUACUUUACUUUACUUUACUUUGUAUGCAAUUCAAUCUAUUCUUGGCUGAGAUGUGCAUAUAGUUUGGUUGUGAUUUUGGUUUUUUUUUUUUUUUUCAAAUUUCAAGAGAGACUACAGUGUGUGAUCAUGUGUAAAUGUUUUUUACUUUUGAGGCAAUUAAUGUCUUUGCGGAAUUUACCCACUUAACAUUGUUCUGUACACUUCAGACUAUGCGUCUUAUAGCCAAUAUUAAUUCCAUUCCCAC